AAAAAAAAAACGUAACCCUUGAUCACCACCUUAGCUCUCUAUUUACACCAAAUGCUGCUGGUGCAUUGAAGGAGCGAGCCAGGGCAACAUGAAGCUGCUCAUCUUUUUAAGUUUAAUUCUUCUGGUCCCCGUUUCUGUUAUCGGACAAGGUACUACUCCGCCUGGUCCAACUACUACAAUUGCUCCAGCUACUACAACUGCUCCAGGUCCAUCCACUACAACUGCUCCAGGUCCAUCCACUACAAUUGCUCCAGCUCCAGCUACUACAACUGCUCCAGGUCCAGCCACUACAACUGGUCCAGCUACUACAACUUCUCAAGUUCCCACGACAGCAGAUCUCUAUUGUAGGGGCGUCGGGGACUUUGCUACGUGCAAUGAAGCCUUGGCCGGAUGCGGAAAAAACAGCCUGUGUUCUUGUAAGGGUGGCAAGCCGUUUUGUAGGUGCAACAGCGAUAAAGACCAUUGGUUCAUGGGUGACAACUGUGAGCAGAAGUGGACCGUUGUGACUUUCGCCCUGGUGGCGUCUCUACCGGGAUUGGCUCUCGCCGUCAUCGUCGGCGUCACAGUCCAGUUGGUCCAUUAUUUCAAUAAACCUGCCAAAGCGCCGAAGGAUACAAAGGGCGCCAAACGGCCACAAGGGAACCAUUACGUAGAUCCGAACAGUCAAGAUGGCGCGUAUUCUAACUUGGUGUUUGCUGGAGACAUGCCAAGUCGUCCCAAAGGUCCGUAUGUGCAGCCCACGCAAGAGAGGCUCCCUAUGACCAACCGCCCAAGCGGGCCUUACAGCCCUCAGCCGAAUGUAUUGCGCCCUUCCUUGGACCAGCCAACUCGACCCACUUCAGGAUAUCAGCCCUACAACCCUCAGCCAAAUGUUAUACAGCCUUCUUUUGAUAGGAAGCCCACGAUCAAUCCAGGAAAUCAGCCAUACAACAUUGCCACCGGCCUGACCCAGCCUAUCGGGAACGGACGCUCCCCCUCAGUUAGAAACCCCUACGAGGACAGAGCGCCACCCGUGGAUCGUUAUGACGACUACAGACCCUCCCAACCCGUAGAUCGCUAUGACGACUACAGACCCUCCCAACCCGUUUCCAGACAGAGCAGCAUGAUGGGAGGAGGUUACCCUGGUCCGACCCCCCCUGCACCUGCCUACACCGCUCCAGACUACAACUCCAGGACCCAGUUCCCCCGGGCCCAGAUGGGAAGGCCCAUGUAGGCAGGCCCACACUGGGGGACCUCCGCCACACCAAUGAACUAUUGAGCAAAUACGCAACAAUUGUUUUCACAGAUGUGUACCAUUGAAACCAUAUAUUCAGUCAGUCAAUGUGUUCUUAUGAACUCAAAAUCAUUUUACUAGCAGUAAGGCAGUGCUUUUGCCAUCUUAUCAGAAAUCCGGUUUUCAUAAUCCUUUAUUUAUAUGGGUUUAUUCUAUUUAAAUAAUGUUUCUGUAUAUUUAAGAAUAUUGUGGGGACAUAGUACAAUUAGAGUUCUGGUGUUUGUUUAGUAACAAUUGUUGGACCUUGAUAUAACAUUUAAAAUAUCCUUUGUGAUAUUGAAUCUUUACUCGAUCACUGCAGUAAAAAUAAAGGGGGGCAUGAUAGACGUGUUCUUUCAAAUAGUUAUUCUUUAAUCAUAAGGUGUUAAAAACUCUUAAAUUAAUAAACAAUAAUUUGACCCUUUUUAAUUAAAAGGGCUGAAUGCAUAUGGCCUGAAAUGAGUCAACAUGGUGUGACGCAGGUGAGAGUCAAGGAUGCACAACAUGUUUGGCUUCUGUUACAAGCAGAGCUACUGUUUUGGUUUGCACCCUGUGGUUCAGUUCUAAAAACCAGGGUAGCUGGGAAAUGUAUAUGGCAUACAGUGUCUUCAACGUGAAUGCAAUCAUUAUGUGAAGAUUUUUAAAAACCUGAUAUUGUAAAGAUUAAAGGAACACUGAUCGACUUA